CUUGAACUUGUAAUCUGUUGCUUUUUUCUCUGCUCCAGCAUGAAUUUUAGCAUUGUAAAAGUAAAGUUAUCUGUGUUUUAUGUGUGAGAGAUACGCUAAGCUAAAAAGCGUGCUGACCUCCGAUAGACCUCCCCGCCACUGGAGGCACCACGGCGCAGAACUGUUCACCACUCGCUUUAAAAUUCCCUGAUUUUGAUCUGAGCCACAGACCACAGACCGGACUGCGGAGUGCAUUCCUUUUUUACUAGUAAAACAUACAAUUUAAUAAUAAUAUCCUGUUAUUUUUUGCGUAAUUUACCAACAUGCACCCAGUUUCGGUGUUUAUCCCGUCGUUUCGAUCAGAGAACAACACUAUCGAAAAAGGAUACACGGUCUUUAAAAUAGAAGUUAUAAUAAAUGGAAGACAGCACACCAUUGAGAAACGCUACAGUGAAUUCCACACUUUGCACAAGUUGUUGAAGAAAACCAUUAAACCACCUGACAUCCCUUCUAAACAUGUCAGAAACUGGGUUCCCAAGGUCCUGGAGCAGAGGAGGCAAGGCUUGGAGCACUACUUACAGACCAUAAUUAUAGAAAAUGAGAUUCUUCCAAAGAUAUUCUUGGAUUUCCUGAACAUCCGCCAUUUUCCCUCUGUGCCAAAAAUGGAAAGCUAUGGGUCAUUUGAUACAGAAUCUGAGGGAUCGAGUAAACUCUCACACCAGCCAGUCAUGUUGUUUGUGAGAGACCCCUACCUUCUUCCUUCCACCCAUGAUAUAUAUUCUAACGUUGUGAUUGAAGGUGUGAUACAUGGCAUUUUCUACCCAGAUCUUCAGCCAAGGUAGAACAACCACAUGCCCUGAAAGACCACACUGUUACAGGAAGUGCACUCCCAUCUUUGAGUCCAAAAUAACCAGAUAGAAACUGACACAUGGAUGUAAGAAUUUUGUGUACUGGAAUUAUUUUUAUGAGGGUCCUUAAAAGCAGGCAUAUGUACAUAUGACUAUGCUUCUGAAAUGUAUACACUACCAGGCAAAAGUUUGGACAUACUUUCACACUUCUUCAUUUCUGUGAUUAUUUACGUUGAAGAUUCUCACUCAUCACACAUCAGAACUAUGAAGGACACAAAUGAAAUGUAGCAAACAAAAAAUAAACUCAAAAUAACUCAAUAUUUCUUGACCAUGACAUGGCACAGCUGUGAAGUGUGAAGUAGAGCCCGACCGAUAUAUCGGUUGGCCGAUAUUAUCGGCCGAUGUGCUUGCAGAUAGGGGCCGAUAUUUCACGUGGGCAUGUUACACCUCGUUAUAAAUCUUAGUCUCUCCACAUUAUGUUCAUUUAAUCCAAUUUACAGACAGAUAAAUGUCCUAAUAUGUGGCUCCACAUCCGUAUUUAUCUGCGGAGUCAUUGUGCGGUUGUCUGUGUGUCUGUGGUCGUACUGUCCCUGAACACACCCCCAGAGUCGCGUCACUUCACUCACGUGCUAUUGUUUACACCCGCAGACAUAGAUCCAUGUGCGCAACACUGAGAUUAUAUUCUUUUUACGGACAAUCGGUUUAAGUCUGGAUUAAAAGGACAUUUAUUAGUGCAGACUUGUGAUGUGAGGAGGAGACUGUGUGAGCGGUGGGUGUUGGAAAUGCAUCGACUUUGAAGCCAGGUUAGGUUAGCGAUUAGCUGCUGUAGCUCCCACACAUAAACAGACUGUUUUCUCUUCUAUUGGUCUAUUGUAAAGUGACUAUAUUGGCCGUAUAUUUGUUACUGGACCUGUAUUGAUAUGUAAAUGAGCUGUGAAUAGACGUGUGAAUGAUCCACAUUUAUGCAUAUAAUUAAUUACCGCGGCUCGCACGUUUUUACGGCUAAAGGCUAAUAGCGGUGGCUUACUUUAGUAGCUAGUAGUGAUGGGUCGGUCGCGAACGAAGCGGGUCUUAGAGCCGGCUCUUUGAAGCGAACGACAGGAGCCUGCUUCUUUUUGGGAGUCUUGUUUUCUCAUAUUCUCACUUUUUCUCUUCAAGCCGUGUGCAAACUCGUGGUUUGACAGCGGCAGCGGCUCAAAACGAAACUUUCAGAAAUCUGCUGCGCAUAGGAUAGAAAAAACGUGCAUAUUUGGCUGUAGUUCAGCAUAAAAUGAAUAAACCAGGACUAAUCUUGGGCUCGAGAGAGGGAGAGAGAUAGAGACCAAGUCCCGACACUCAGUCCUGGUUCAGUUCUGGUUUAGUCCUGUUUUACACAUGUUUUAGAUCUGUUUUAGUCCUGGUUUAGUCCUUUUUCAGUCCUGGUUUGGACCUGCUUUAGUCCUGCUACCCAUCACUAGCACUGUUGGGCAAGUUACUUUGAAACUGUAAUGCGUUAUUUAUUACCUAUUACUGUCAUUUCAAAGUAAUUCGUUACAUUACAAUAUUACUGCAUUUAAAAUGUAAGGCCAUUACAUUACUAUUGCAUUACUUUAAGUUACUCUGACCAAAAUAACUUUUGCGCUGUAUAAGGACUGAACCAGGACUAAACCAGGUCUAAACCAGGACUAAACCAGAGCUGAACCAGGACUAAACCAGAAGUGAACUAGGACUAAACCAGAACUGAACUAGGACUAAAACAGGACUCACUGUAGGGACGGGCUCGAAGGUGACCGCAGGAGAAAGGAGCGGCUCUGCUCCGCACCUCACGGAGGGAAGAGCGGCUGUCAUCCAAUCGCUCUUUAUGGACACCCUGCUGCUCGGGCUCGCGGCCCUGAUUUCAGCAACUAUUUGCAGGUACCCGAGCCGGUGCAAGACUCUGCUACAGUGAGUAACUUCUACCUUCCUUCAGCGUGUUCAGAAGCCCAACUUUUUGUGUGAUGGUUUGCAUCUUCCUCUGCCUUUUGGGUGCGAGCGCAGGAGCCUUUGUCAGUGCAGAACGUUUCGUCGACGUUGUGGGUUUCGUCGGGGAGAAAACUUGCAACCGUACAGCACUUCAGAAUCACACUGCUAGAGAUUGAACAUGUAUUUAAAUUUGGCAGCUGAACACAUUCUGUACUGUACUGUACAGGAGACAGGAGUCCCUUGGCCAGUCAGGACGCAGCGGGAGGAACGCAACACGUGUUCAUACAAUGUAAAAAAAAAAAAAAACAGGGCAUGCAAAAUUGCACAAAAAAAAUAAAUAAAUCUGCGAGACAGCGAAAAGUGAACUGCGAUAGAGGGAGGGACGAGUGUAAACCAGGUCUAAACCAGAACUGACCCAGGUCUAAACUAGGUCUAAACAGCAUGGAGUUCUUUGUCAGUCCUUUCACCCGCAGUUACCUGAAGGUCUACGAGGGCGCAUCUCCGGCGUUUCACCGCUGCUGAUAUCGAGGUGAUUUUAGCGAAUUUGUAUGAAGAAAAACCCACCACUUCAAUCCAGGUUAAAAAAACAUUGUAACGCGCGUUACUCACAUUUGUACCGAGUAAAAUAUUACUAUUUUUUCCCCUGUAAUGCCUUACAUUACUGCGUUACAGCAAAAAGUAAUGCAUUACUGUAAUUCGUUACUUUUAUAACGCGUUACUCCCAACACUGAUCACUAGUAGCUAGAAUGUUAUCUACUGUCUGUAAAUAUGACACAAAGAGGCAGAAGAACAAUAAAUGUUGCUUAAAUAAACCCAAUUUAAAAUCCACUAGAGCCAAACCUAAUUUUUUUAUACAAUUCAAGAUUUACAGUGAAUUUUUACAUCACUAAAUAUAUCGGCUAUCGGCAGCUCCAACUCCCAUUAUAUUGGUUUCAUAUUGGCCACAACAAAAAUCCAUAUCGGUUGGGCUCUAUUGUGAAGCCAGAGACGUUAACAGAAAGAUCACUGAGAAAAGGCCAAGGGUUUGCAGGCCUGUUGACAAAGCAAAGAGUGACUACUUUGAGCAUUUGAAUAUAAAAUAUUAAAAAAAAAAUUUAGUAGAGGUAUUUAACUUUUUUCUUUGCUACAUAAUACCAUGUACUUUGUGUCAUAUAUUUGAUGUCUUCCAUAUGUAUAUAAAAUGUACAAAGUAGUAAACGUAUUAAAAAAAAACAAUGAAUGAGAAGUUGUGUCCAAACUUUUGACUGGUAGUGUAUAUGUUAUGAUGAUUUAUGACUCGUCAAAGAGUUGACCCUUUUUGGAUAUAAUUUAGUAAAUGAACACUAUUAUCUGAGGCAAAUAAGACUUGUAGUUAUAUUUGUACGUGUCUCAUUCACAUGCACAAUGUACAAACAACUGCAUAUAAUGUAUUGCAAGCAAAGCAAUUUUUGAGGGAAAAAAUUUAUUUUGUCUAUGGAAAAAUGUUUCUGAACUGGAGGAGACAGACAUUUGUCCACUACAUAGACAGAGCAACUGGACCCUGCCCUGUAAACAGGAAUUGUGUACCUUUGAAACACCAGCACUGUGGAGCCGUGCAUUAUGGACAAAACCAGAAAUGGGGUUACAUAUUUUAAUAAUGUGACAUUAUAUCUACAAAAGUUAUUAACAUAUGUUACUCAGCUGUUACAAUUUCAGUGAUGCCAUUUUCUUUAGAUGAUCUUUAGUCAUUAAUGAAGACAACUUAUAGCUUUGUUAAGGAAGUGUGAUAGAUGAGUAAUAGUGUAGUGAACAAAUAUCUAGUGAUAUGAGCACUUAAAGUACAAUGUUUAACUUCUGCAAAUUUAAUUUAUUGUUGUGUUUUCAUAUAAAGUUGCAAAUGAAUUCACAAUAUGGUCAAAUUGAGUCUUGCUACAUUUCUUUGCUAGAAAGGUGUGUCAUCAUUGCAGACAUAUUUGACUUGUAGCUGUAAGUUUUCAUUUUGAAUGAAAAAGAUUAAAAUGGAAGAUAAUUAUAAGGCCAGUAACACUAUACGAGACACUAUGACCUUGGGAUGGGUGAAAAGGGAACAUCUGUGAAAGUCAUCUUGUCAACUAUGAAAGUUAAAAAAUGACCAUUUAUACUGUGCAAUAAAUAAGUGCUAAUUUUUAUCAUGUAAUAGUUUGUAAACAUGCUAAAGUAAUUGUAGCUAAUUGUUCAGAUCAUUAUGAUCUUAACUUUUGUUACUGAAUCUUGCAGAUCAGUUGAGUAAUAAUGAAACGUUUUGGGUAAAAAAAACAAAGCAAAAACAAAACACUAUUAUUCUCUUGUACUAGAGGCUGUAAAAGUGCCAUAAUUUCUACUCAUAUUAUGAGAAAAUGGGUGACAAAGAAUGUACUGUCAUUAAAUUAG